AUGGGUCAAGGUUUCUCUCUGGCGACGCCCUCCGCAGGCUCUGCGGGUAUCGACAUACCUGAGCUGUCUGAUCUCGUGUAUGAGAAGAGCAUCGGAAAUGCGCGCUUCAUGAAGAGCAUCCGCGCAAGACAUCAUGAUGGAGUCGCUCUGGUCAAGGUGCUGGUCAAGCCAUACACCCCGAUGCCUUUGGAGAAGUACAAGCGCGACAUAGAGAAGCAACGCAGUGCCUUAGCCGAUGUGCCCAACGCCCUGGGCUUUCAACGCAUCGUCGAAACCGAAACGAACGGAUACCUCGUCCGACAGUUUCUCUAUAACUCCCUCUACGACCGAAUGAGCACUCGUCCGUUUCUGGAGGAUAUCGAAAAGAAAUGGCUGGCUUUCCAGCUGCUGUGCGCCUUGCGCGACUGCCACGCUCGAGACAUUUACCACGGCGACAUCAAGACGGAAAAUACGUUGGUCACCUCCUGGAACUGGCUGUAUCUUUCCGACUUCUCUGCGCCAUUCAAGCCCAUUAUGCUUCCGGAUGACAACCCGGGUGACUUCUCAUAUUAUUUUGAUACAUCCGGCCGGCGGACGUGCUAUGUGGCACCCGAGCGCUUCGUCGCGGCCGAGGAAGUCAAUAGUAAGGACGCCAAGCUCACGUGGGCCAUGGAUGUCUUCAGCGCUGGCUGCGUCAUUGCCGAGAUGUUCUUGGAGUCUCCUAUCUUCACUCUCAGCCAACUGUACAAGUACCGCAAGGGCGAGUAUGACCCCGUCAUCUCGCAAAUUAGCCGCAUCCCGGAUAAGGACCUGCGCGACAUGAUAUCGCACAUGAUCCAGCUUGAUCCGGAGCGCCGAUACUCUGCAGAGCAGUAUCUGGACUUUUGGAAGAAGAAGGUAUUCCCAGAGUACUUUUAUAACUUUCUUCACCAGUACAUGGAGUUGAUUACGGAUCCUUCGUCUGGGAACAGUCCUAUCUCGGGUGCGACGAGGAACUUGGGGGAAGCAGACGACCGCAUCGAUCGCGUUUUCCUCGACUUUGACAAGAUUUCCUACUUUCUCGGUUACCAAAACGACAAGCGUCCCACCCAGGUCGAACCUUUGGCCGGAAAGUUAGGGCUGGGCCAUUUCCCUAUCCGUCUGAACAUACCGAAUCACGACCAAUACAUUACCGGAACGUCUGAUCCACCUGAAGACGACGGGACCCUAAUCUUCUUGACGCUGAUUGUUUCUUCCCUCCGUAAUACAGCUAGAGCGGCGUCAAAGAUCAGAGCCUGCGACGUUCUGCUUGCCUUUUCCGAGAGAAUUACGGACGAGGCAAAGCUGGAUCGAGUGCUGCCUUACCUCAUGACGCUUCUUAACGACAAGUCUGACCUGGUGGUAAUUGCGGCAUUGCGUUCAAUCGCUCAGCUACUUCACCUGGUACGAGUGGUAUCUCCUGUCAACUCGCACAUAUUCGUCGAGUACAUUCUACCUCGACUUCAGAGCGCCUUAAUCGCGCCAAUCAAGCCGCCGAGCCCCCUAGUGCGAGCAACCUACGCAUCGUGUCUUGGGAGCCUCGCAACCACCGCUGCCCGGUAUCUAGAGCUGGCGGCAACUCUGAAAGCCGACGGCACUUUGACCGUGGCUGAUCCCGAGCUGGAGCCGGGCAUCGAAGCCGGGGCUGCCUUUGAUGGCUUAUUUGACGAUGCGCAGAGGGAACUUUACGAGAUGUUUGAGCUGCAUACGAAAGCACUCGUAGAAGACUCGGAUGUCUCUGUCCGUCGAGCGUUUCUAACCUCGGUGCCUGAUCUUUGCCUCUUCUUUGGCCCAGCAGAGGCUAACGACAUCCUUCUAACCCAUCUCAACACCUAUUUGAAUGACCGAGACUGGAUGCUCAAGUGUGCAUUCUUUGAGACCAUCGUCAGCAUUGCCAGUGUUGUGGGGAGCGUCAGUCUUGAGGAGUUCAUGCUACCGCUCAUGGUUCAAGCACUUACUGACCCGAGGAGUUCGUGGUACAAGCGGCUCUCCAUUCCCUAG